UUUUGUUAUUUAUAUGUCUGCAGUUCUCGGUAACCUCCUCCUCAUUCAGCCUUCUAAAUAACUGUUGUCUCCAUGUGUUGUAUAUAAGCUGAACGUUCACAUGCGUCUCGUAUUGUCGUGAAAUCAUUUUGUUUGCAAAAGGACGUUUUAAUUAUUUUGACAGAUCACCGGUGAAUCCAACUAAAAUGCGGUCAAUAAUCUGUGUAUUUGUCAUGCUCGUAAUGGCUGGACAUUCGUUGGCACAGUUUGGAGGUCUGACAGAGGCUAAUACCAACGAUGAAAAUAUCCAGAGAAUAGCUGGAGAAGCAGUUUCUCAAAUGGGUAGCCAGUAUUCGUUGAUCACGGUCACAAGAGCACAAACGCAGGUUGUUGCGGGCACAAUGUAUCACCUUGAUUUAGAUGUUAACAACAGCACAGGCCCAAAUCCUGAGGAUGUGGUGAAUUUGUCAUGUGCAGUCAAGAUGCAUGAAGUUGUGUGGUUAGAUACGUUGGAUCUCGAGACGUUCACGUGUAAUGAACGUAUUUAAAUAUUUCAAAUGAUGACAGAUAAUUUUAUUCAACCUUUAUCGAUCAGUUAAAAUUUCCAUUUCUAAUGACGUUAAGAUGUAGCGUUGGAACUUGAGCAAUGUUUAUUGUGAACAAUUUACAGUUUUAUAAAAGUAAUUAAUAUGAA